AUGGCGUUCAGAAGAGCCUUGACACAGGCGGCGGUGGUGGGAGGCGUGGCGGUCACGACGGUCUUCGGCCUGUCACAGCUGACAGAGUACAGGAAGACGCAGCAUGGAUUGGCUCAGUUGGUGCGAGUGACAGCUGAAGCAGAACUGAAGGUCCCUUUUGCAAACGAGCUUCCCUCCAGGGAGGCCCAACUCGCAGCGUUGCAAGACACUCCGGAGUUCGACGUUCUGAUUGUCGGAGGAGGGGCCACAGGAGCCGGAUGUGCCUUAGACGCCGUGACCCGGAACCUCAAAACUGCCCUCGUAGAGCGAAGCGACUUCUCUUCGGGGACGAGCAGCCGGAGUACAAAGCUCAUCCAUGGUGGAGUGCGUUACCUACAGAAGGCCAUCAUGAAGCUAGACUACGAACAGUACAUGAUGGUGAAAGAGGCGCUGCAUGAGCGAGCCAACCUGCUAGAGAUUGCCCCUCAUCUUUCAGCGCCAUUACCCAUCAUGCUUCCGGUGUACAAAUGGUGGCAGUUGCCUUAUUAUUGGGCAGGAAUAAAGAUGUACGACGUGGUGGCUGGGAUCCACUGCCUGAAGAGCAGCUAUCUCCUGAGUAAGUCCAAAGCUCUGGAGUAUUUCCCCAUGCUGAAUAAGGACAAGCUGGUAGGAGCCAUCGUCUAUUACGACGGUCAACACAAUGACGCCCGGAUGAACCUGGGCAUCGCACUGACAGCCGCCCGCCACGGUGCGGCCGUCGCCAACUACACUGAGGUGGUUCAUCUUCUGAAGACCAAAAACCAGCAGACUGGCAGGGAGAAGUUGUGCGGCGCCCACUGCAGAGACGUCCUCACAGGGAAGGAGUUUGACGUGAGGGCCAAAUGUGUGAUCAACGCCACCGGACCCUUCACCGACUCUCUGAGGCAGAUGGACAAGCAGGAGACCACCAAGAUCUGCCAGCCAAGUGCAGGUGUCCACAUCGUCAUGCCGGGAUACUACAGCCCUGACAAUAUGGGCCUUUUGGAUCCGGCUACGAGCGACGGCCGCGUCAUCUUCUUCCUGCCCUGGGAGAAGAUGACCAUCGCUGGGACCACCGACACCCCCACCGACGUGACAGCCCACCCCAUACCGGGGGAGGAUGACAUCAACUUCAUCCUGAGGGAGGUGCGCAACUACCUCAGCCCAGAUGUGGAAGUGCGGAGAGGAGAUGUGCUAGCAGCCUGGAGCGGCAUCCGCCCACUGGUGACCGAUCCCAACUCCAAAGACACCCAGUCCAUCUGCAGGAACCACAUCGUCAGCAUCAGUGACACCGGACUGAUCACCAUCGCAGGGGGGAAGUGGACAACCUACCGCGCUAUGGCCCAGGAGACGAUAGAUGCAGCAGUAAAAUUCCUCCACCUCCCAGCUAGACCCUGCAGGACGGUGGGACUGAUGCUGGAGGGGGCGAAGGACUGGACACCAACCCUCUUCAUCCGACUGGUACAGGACUACGGCCUGGAGGAGGAGGUUGCUCAACAUUUGGCCACAGCAUAUGGUGGCAAAGCGUUUGAUGUUGCCAAAAUGGCUCAGGUUACAGGCCAAAGGUGGCCGAUCGUUGGGAAACGUCUGGUGUCCGAAUUCCCCUACAUCGAAGCAGAGGUCCUGUACGCCAUCAAGGAGUACGCCUGCACCGCCAUCGACGUCAUGGCGCGACGGACACGGCUCGGAUUCCUGAAUGUGCAGGCCGCAGACGAAGCUCUCCCGAGGAUUGUCCAAAUCAUGGGCAAAGAGCUUAACUGGAGUCAGGAGAAGAGGACGGAGGAACUUGAAGCAGCGAAAAUGUUUCUGUACCACGAGAUGGGCUACAGAUCUCGAUCGGAGCGGCUCACAACGUCAUCCGAGAUCCACCUGGACUACCAGGACGUGAUGAGGUACAAGAACCGCUUUCACAAGUUUGACAAAGAGUCCAAAGGCUUCAUCACCACAGUCGAUGUCCAGCGAGUAUUACAAAGCAUCAACGUCUACAUUGACGAGAAUGCGCUCCACGAAAUCCUCAACGAGGUGGACCUCAAUAAGAACGGACAAGUUGAAUUCAACGAGUUCCUGAGGCUGAUGAGCGCCGUGAAGAAGGGACAAGUGUCCGACAGCCGCCUGGCCAUCCUCUUGAAGUCGGCCGAGGCCACGCUGGACACGAGAAAGGCGGUGACGGUGGACCGCAGUGGUGGAGGACUCUGAGCCUGAGAGGGUAUAUGCAAAUGGUUCCAUUUGAAUCACAAUAACGCAAUCAGGCUCGCAGCGCGACGAGCUUGACCAAAUCAGGCGCUGCAUUUUUAGGGGGAAAUUUGAUCUAAUGAUUGAAGUCCGGGAGAUAAAUCCUGUGCCUGUGAUCGCACAAAAAAUGUUUCCCAUUUAAUACAAAACCUUUUUGACAUUUAGUGUCUCUAGAAUCACUCCGUAUUUCACAGAAUCAACACUGAUUGUGGAUUAAAGAUGUGCUUUAUUUUGUGCAGCAAGCUGAAUGUUCGCUACCAAGAAAAGAAAGGAUUUCAAAAGUCAAAGUUCACAGGUGCAAAUUAUUUACAGUAAAAGGCUUCACUUAAUUGAAAUAUUAAAGUAAAUGAAAUGUGUGUCCUCUUAGAAUAAACAGGAAGGAAUCCUUGUAUUGAAUCUGUUUGUGGAGCCUUGUCACACUGCAGCUAGUUAGAAAUGAACAUCAAUUUCAUGUUAAGGUUGGACCCUAUAGAUGCUCAUCAGUACUUUAUAUGUUCUUUAAAUGUAUUAAAACAGCCCGGUCUUAUUGUUCCGACACUAUAACAGAUUUAAGUACAUUUUUAAUGUGUGCAGUAUCUUCAUUUUUACCAAAAAUGAUCAAAUUCUUCUGCUUGAAUUGUUUUCAGAUGAAAGAAGUUGUUGCAGACAUUGAAAUGAGCAGCUGGUAGUACUCAGCGAUGCUUUUAAUACAUGCAAAGACACUCAUUUGCUUCAUAUUUAAAGUUUUGCAGUCUUCCCAAUACUAUACCCCAAUACUUCCUACCAAUGCUUCAGGAGCUUACUUCUGAUUGGUCAGUACAGAUUCGAGGCAUGACUUGUGACCAAUGAGUGAUUAAUUUGUUUUUUUCCAAAUCGAUAAGAAACAUAAUCGUCAUUUGCAUCUAAAAAGGAAGGAAAUCAAUUCUGUAUUGAUGUAAUACUGAAUUGAGCUUUCAACUUUAAAAUAUAUGAGACAAUUAGAUGCAACUAUGUACAAACACAACUAUUUGGCUGACAUGCAGUAGCCUUCAACGAACCUCUGCUAUUAUUCUGGAUCGGAUAUUUGAGGGGGGGGAAAAAAAAUAAAAAAUGACACUCCCUAAAGCAUAAUGCUGCCAUCAGUGUGGGAAUUAUGUUUUAUUGUAUAAAUGAUCUCUUUAGACAAAUAUUGCUUAGUAAUAAUUCUCUCAUUCAGCCACAUCAGCAGCACAAUGCACCUUUUUUAAAGGUUCCUCAAGCACUCCUGCUGCCCUCAUUUUGUUUUCAUUUUGUUUUCAGAUGUUCACACUGUCUACAAGCUGUAGUCACUGAUGUUUACAAGCUUUCAGCUUUUUGAUUUGAUCUUUUUUUUUUUUUUUACCGAUUAUUCUUUUAUUCACUACGCUUGGGUAUAUAAAUAAAAUAUACUUGGUGAAGGUUGUUUCUUAAAGCAAACAAUUAUUCUUAACAUACAAAAUUCUGUUCUAUGGGGUAUCAAAGGUGUCGAGAUUUAAUUAGAAAAACAGUAAGUGCUUUAAAAAAAUACAGAAUUUAUGAAAUUGGUAAUUGAAGAAGGGUUAAAAUCCUGUAGAAUUACUACAUUUAAUUUUUUUUUAAAUAAUAAUACUGUUAGUCCCAUCCACAAGUGUAAUUUCAGAAUGUGUUGCAGCACCUCAUUUGAAAAUGUUAUCAAUUCAUUAAGGAACUGUUUAUUUUUUUAAAUGAAUGAUUUGUAACAAUUGUUUAUGAAUUGACCAAGUAAUGUUUAAUUAUUUAUAUUUUUAGUGAAUUGUGGCAUGUUUGGACCUCCAUACAAACAUUUAACAUUGAAUUAUAAACGUGGAGUUUUAUCGCCCCACCCCAUUUUCUUUUCAUGUUUCUGUUGGAGAACAAUAUUUCUACAUGCUGGCUGAUGCUUUGUUGUUUAUUCAACAUUUUUCAGGUGUAAAUGUUUCAUGCUGUGAUGAAUGUAUGCCAUGUGCCUUCACUAUGAUUUUAUUGUCUCUCAAAGCGCACAAAGUCUAUAAAUUGUUUGUAUUUAAACAUUUGUUACAUAAAUGACAUUUAUAAAUCGUA